AUGAAUUCCGCCGAGCAGACCGUUACGUGGCUCAACCUGGGGGUGCUCGAGUCGCCCAAGAAGACCGUCUCGGACCCGGAGGGCUUCCUGCAGGCGUCUCUCAAGGACGGGGUGGUGCUCUGCAGGCUGCUGGAGCGCCUGCUGCCCGGGACCAUCGAGAAAGUUUACCCGGAGCCCCGGAGCGAGAGUGAGUGCCUGAGCAACAUUCGCGAGUUCCUGCGAGGCUGCGGGGCCUCCCUGCGCCUGGAGACAUUUGAUGCAAAUGAUUUGUAUCAGGGGCAGAAUUUUAACAAGGUCCUCAGUUCCUUAGUGACUCUAAACAAAGUAACAGCAGACAUCGGCCUGGGAAGUGACUCUGUGUGUGCUCGGCCCUCGUCUCAUCGGAUAAAGUCUUUUGACUCCCUGGGAGCUCAGCCUUCGCACAGUCGGACUUCAAAGUUGUUCCAGGGCCAGUAUCGAAGUUUGGACAUGACUGACAAUAGCAACAGCCAACUGGUAGUGAGAGCAAAGUUUAACUUCCAGCAGACCAAUGAAGACGAGCUCUCCUUUACGAAAGGGGAUGUCAUUCACGUGACACGGGUGGAAGAAGGCGGCUGGUGGGAGGGCACGCACAAUGGCAAGACUGGCUGGUUUCCCAGCAACUACGUGCGGGAGAUGAAGCCCAGUGAAAAGCCUGUCUCUCCCAAGUCAGGAGCACUGAAGAGCCCUCCCAAAGGAUUCGACACUACUGCCAUUAACAAAAGCUAUUACAAUGUGGUGCUACAGAAUAUUUUGGAAACAGAAAAUGAAUAUUCUAAAGAACUUCAGACUGUGCUUUCAACCUAUCUACGGCCUUUGCAGACCAGUGAGAAGUUAAGUUCAGCAAACACUUCAUAUUUAAUGGGAAAUCUAGAAGAAAUAUGUUCUUUCCAGCAAAUGCUUGUACAGUCUUUAGAAGAAUGCACCAAGUUGCCAGAAGCUCAGCAGAGAGUUGGAGGAUGCUUUUUAAAUCUGAUGCCACAAAUGAAAACCUUAUACCUUGCAUAUUGUGCCAACCACCCAUCUGCAGUGAAUGUUCUCACAGAGCACAGCGAGCAGCUGGGAGAGUUCAUGGAGGCCAGAGGUGCCAGCAGCCCAGGGAUCCUGGUGCUGACCACCGGCCUCAGCAGACCGUUCAUGCGCCUGGACAAGUACCCCACGCUGCUCAAGGAGCUGGAGAGACACAUGGAGGAUUAUCAUCCAGAUAGACAAGAUAUUCAGAAAUCCAUGACUGCCUUCAAAAAUCUCUCAGCCCAGUGUCAAGAAGUACGGAAAAGGAAGGAACUGGAAUUGCAGAUACUGACGGAAGCCAUCCGGAGCUGGGAGGGAGAUGACAUUACGACCCUGGGCAGCGUUGUUUACAUGUCCCAGGUCAUGGUUCAGUGCGCUGGAAGUGAGGAAAAGAACGAGAGAUAUCUUCUGCUCUUCCCAAAUAUUUUGCUAAUGUUGUCUGCCAGUCCUAGGAUGAGUGGUUUUAUCUAUCAGGGAAAGCUACCAACGACAGGAAUGACAAUCACAAAGCUUGAGGACAGUGAAAAUCAUAGAAAUGCAUUUGAAAUAUCAGGAAGCAUGAUUGAGCGGAUCUUAGUGUCCUGCAACAACCAGCAGGACCUCCACGAGUGGGUGGACCAUCUACAGAAGCAGACCAAGGUCACCUCUGUCGGCAACCCCACCAUCAAGCCGCAUUCUGUGCCGUCUCACACUCUCCCUUCCCAUCCGAUCGCCCCAUCCAGCAAGCAUGCAGACAGCAAGCCAGUGCCCCUGACACCUGCCUACCACACGCUGCCCCACCCCUCCCAUCACGGCACUCCCCACACCACCAUCAACUGGGGGCCCCUGGAGCCUCCAAAGACCCCCAAGCCAUGGAGCCUGAGCUGCCUGCGACCUGCACCACCCCUGCGGCCCUCGGCAGCUCUCUGCUACAAGGAGGAUCUUAGUAAGAGUCCCAAGACCAUGAAAAAGUUGCUACCUAAGCGCAAGCCUGAGCGGAAGCCUUCAGAUGAAGAGUUUGCACUGCGGAAAAGCACAGCUGCUUUGGAAGAAGACGCACAGAUUCUGAAAGUCAUUGAAGCUUACUGUACAAGCGCCAAAACGCGGCAAACCCUCAACUCAACAUGGCAAGGCACUGACCUGAUGCAUAAUCACGUCUUGGCCGACGACGACCAAUCAAGUCUAGACUCCUUGGGUCGUCGCAGUAGCCUGUCCCGUCUGGAGCCUUCAGACCUCUCGGAAGACUCUGACUAUGACAGUAUAUGGACAGCCCAUAGUUACAGAAUGGGUUCUACAUCUCGUUCGCGCAAAGAGUCCGCUCCACAAGUUUUGCUUCCAGAAGAGGAGAAAAUGAUAGUUGAGGAAACGAAGAGUAACGGUCAGACGGUGAUUGAGGAGAAGAGUCUUGUCGACACGGUCUAUGCAUUAAAGGAUGAAGUCCAGGAGUUGAGACAGGAUAACAAAAAGAUGAAGAAAUCUCUGGAGGAGGAGCAGAGAGCCCGCAAAGACCUAGAGAAGCUGGUGAGGAAAGUUCUCAAGAACAUGAACGACCCUGCCUGGGAUGAGACCAACCUCUGAGGAAUGUCGUUGCUUCUUGCUCUGAGACCAGCUAAGAGACCAAGCCGGGAGCCCCAUGACCCUAGCCAGGGUGACCUUAAGGACCAUGGGGCAAGGCUGGACAAAAGUCAUCUUGCUUUCCCGGCAUGGAAAAGCUGGAGUUUAUCACACAAAUAGAAACAGUCACACUGUUCCUGAAGAAUACAAACAUGAGGUGUGGACCCUGGGGGCUGGACUGCAUUAUUUUUACGCUGUUAACAUCUCUAUUACCUCAUUUUGCAAUAAGUGCAGUGACUACCAAACCUGGUGUUUCUGGCUUUUAUUGAGAUAUAUAUAAAUAAUUAUAUAUACAUGUUUCUUGUAAAUACCCUGUUUUGAAUGCACAUCCAUGAUUGUUGUAUCUGGGCUGACCCUCUAUGCUAGAAUUCCCUUCCCACUAACCUUCCUGGUCCCACAAAUAGCAAGUUUGGCUCCUUUGCUUUUGGGAAGCAGAGGCGUGAAGGUCCCCGGAUGCUUUUCUAGACACCUGCUUUGUAAUCUGCCACUGUAGCCCCCGUGUGCUCUAGACUGACCUCCUUUUUGGUAUGACCAUGUAAUCUGACUUACACCUGCAAAGAUACUUUAAUACCUUCCAAAGCCUUCUGUUGAAGCAGUGUUGCUGUCACCGACGUGCAGUGGACCCAAGCGCGGUAGGGACCCUGACUUGGUGAGGGGGACUUGAGUGUCAGCCAGCAGUCCCAGGAAGUCCCCUGCACAGCAUCGUGUCAACUGCUGGUGUCCGCGCUUGUCCGCUUCAGGAGAACAGCGGCUCAGUGGUGUGCAUUCACUGCCCUGGGGGAGAACAGACCUACACGUGUAGGCGGGUUUAAUAAGGUGGCAAAAUGUACUGUUUGCCUCCCCCACUCCCCACUUCCCCCAAGAGAAAGCUCUAUGAGACCCUGUAAAUAACUGUAGUAUUUAUUACCUAUCACUGAGGCCAAUGGAGGCCCACCAGGGGUGCUGUGAGCUGACUCAGCAAGGGCCCAGUGCAAGUCUGUCAGGCCGCUGUAAACUCUGAGCUGUUUACCAUCAGUGUGCAGCAAGCCUUCAGUGCUCACCGGGAAAAAGAACGCUUUCCCUCUUGCAGUGAGAAUAAAGCAAUAUAAUUCUGCCUCAAGUAAUCAGUUUAAAUGUGGGUAUAUCCCCCCUGCCCCCCCCAAGUACCUAAUGGCAGCAGGGGCAGGGAGGAAGCCUGCCUGAGCCCAGCUCUGCUGACCAUUCUGGGCUGGGAAUCUGGGGACAUCAGGGCCCCUGGGCAGGAACCGCAGCCUUGGAGCCAGCUCAUCCCUCCUUGUAGGCAGGAUACCGUGCCCCGGAGCCGCGCUUUCCGCUCCUCUCUUCUGAAGAGGUCAGCUUUGCAUUGAGAGACUUUUCCAUAGAACAAGUGUUCUGUCUUUAAGACCAAAUGGCAGCACUGUGCUUUGCAAACUUUUCAGAAAUGCCUGUGUGGUACCAGGUGUGACUCGGGCCUUGCAAUCUACAGGUCAAGUGACCCUUUACCUGCAUGGGGAUCAUUUGAUGCCUUUGAGCUGGCGACUUUCGGACUCUUUCUGCUUGCUGGAUUCUCACCCAGGUCUAAUGCUGUCGGGCAGUGGCUUGAGCUGGGCCCUCCUGGCUAUGCCCCCAGCAGGGGUAUGUGUGGCUCAGCCCUGGCCUGCCCUCCUGCAGCCUUUCCAGUAGAAUUCUCUGCUUCCUGCACUUGAUGUUCUGCUUACUAGUGCUAGGACUAGGCAAGAGAGAGCCUCUUUAGAGGAAGCCCUAUUUUACUGUGAGUUUGGUGAUGCACAAGCCCUUUGCUGUAGGAAACUCUUCGGAGUGUGCCAAAGUUUGCAGUCUUGGACUCAGGGACAGCCUUCACUCCCCAAUUUCUCCCCGUCUAAUGGGCUGUGUUGCCGGCCACAUCCCAGGACGGGUCUCCUACAACCUGCCUUAAGCUGACUGAAGCAUUGAGUAAGAAGGUGUUUCCCGCCUGCACCUGCUCUGACAGGGCCAUGGGGGUGCUCGUGGGAUGCGUUCCCUUGUCUUCCCGCACAUCUGGUACCUUAGGAAGCUCUUUAGGGAGCGGAGUCUGAGCACCGUUCUUCCUACCAACAUGUCCUGUUGUAAAUAGAGCACUCAUGUUUGCCAGGCCUUCCCAGGGGCUGGGAUUGCUGGUGGUGGGUGGAAGGGGCUCUGUGUACCCCAAGGGCGAGGAGAGAACGCACUUGGCAUUUCUGUACGAUGUUGGGAUGUACAGACUGUCCUUUGUGCUUCUGGGAUGUGCCUCUCUGCGCAUGUGCCAGGCCCUGGGACGGGGGCACUGCUGAUUCUGUGUGCUCUGCCCACUGCCCCCACUUUGCGUCUCUGGGAUGCACAGAGAUGGGGCCUUGUCAUGUAAAUGCCACAGAUUCUCCUGGUGUUGACUCCUGCUACGUUGUCAUAAUCAUUAAACCGAUUUCCUUAUGUUACAACAUCA